CCGAGCAAGAGAUUGCCUGUCCAGAGACAACGUGAACGAAGGGUAUUACUGGAAUAUUAAAUUCGAUCCGAGUCAUCUUUUGAUGUAUAAGAUGGAAAUCAUCAAGAACCUUUUCAGAUUUAGAGCAGGAAACUUUUGCUGUUUUGGUUUAUAAUCGCCGGAAAAUCCUUCAAUUAUAGUUUCAUGGGAGCUCUUCAUUGGUGGGAAAGCGUUAAACCUGCAAAUUCUGCAUCGGGAAUCGAUCAUUUUGAAUGGGAAAUGAAAAACUUCUCGUCAGAUUUCCAACUUGCCAGCCUUGAAAAUCCAGAAUCAGAACGAGAAGGAGGCGGCGGAGGAAGAAAAAGAAGAAAAGAAGGCAAACGGGGAAAUUCAGAAGCAGAAGAAAAAGAAGAAGAAGAGAUAGCAAGGUGCGAAUGGAAUUUCAGCCUCGCCACCGUAGUCUCUUCUAGCUCCGCUGGCACCGUUUCCGACACGAUAGGGUCCAUAGAAAUCGACCCCACCGAUAGUUUCGUCGCCACCGGAGGAAUCGCCAGAAAAAUAAGAAUUUACAGUUUGAAUAACCUUCUGCCAAACACGGCCUCGCAUGACGAAGUGUGUUUUCUGGACCACAGUGGCGCGUGCGAUUAUUACAUAUGCGCCCCAGCAAAGCUAAGCAGUCUACGAUGGAGACCCGGGUCAGGAGGUCGGGUCAUUGGAUCCGGAGACUACGACGGGGUGGUAACGGAGUACGACCUGGAGAAGAAAAUCCCAGUUUUCGAGAGAGACGAGCAUGGCGGCCGGCGAGUCUGGAGCAUGGACUACUCGCAUUCAGACCCGGUUCUGGGAGCAUCCGGAUCGGAUGAUGGAACCAUGCAAAUGUGGGAUCCACGUUACGGAAACGGCAUCGCGGUGGUGACGCCGCCGGGAAGGCGGUCAGUGUGCGGCGUUGAGUUCAACCCAUUUGACAGCUCAAUGGUGGCGGUGGGAUGCGCCGACCACAAAGCAUACGGUUACGACAUACGGAAAAUGUCCGAUCCGGUGGUGGUAUUAGAAGGUCACAAAAAGACGGUGAGCUACGUUCGGUUUCUGGAUUCGCACACGUUGGUCUCCGCUGGGACGGACGGGUGUCUGAAGAUGUGGGACAUGAAAGAUUCGCGCGUGAUUCGAACGUACAGAGGACACAUUAACAGCCGGAGCUUCGUGGGGCUAUCGGUGCGGCAGAGCGGCGGCUCCGGUGGCGGAGUGGGGUUGCUGGGAUGCGGGUCGGAGAAGAACGAGGUGGUGGUGUAUGAUACGAGGUGGGGUCAGCCAAUAUGGGCGAGAGCGUUCGGAACGAGAGAGGAAGUGGACGAGGCCGGUGCGUUUGUGAGCAGUGUGCAUUGGAGGCACACCGCCGGCGCCGGAGGCGACGAUGAGUGCACUCUUCUGGGCGGUGGGUCCGACGGCGUCCUCCAGAUUUUUGUGGGAAGAAGGACCAGCUGUAGUGCCGCCGCCGCCGCAAGUGUUUGUUAAUUUGUUCGUUAGUUAGUUAUUUUACUAAUCAACUCAAGUUUCUUAUCUUC